AUGAUUAAUAACAGUGUAGUUAAUUCCCAAGUUUACGUACCUUUGCAAUAUAGCUAAACUAUUCCUUAAAAGGUCAUCUUUCAAUAGCCUCCUCCACCUCCACCUCGUUAAUUAAUUUCCUCCACCGCUAUUCUUUAACAACCCGCAAAGCAAAUUGUAUAAACUCAAGUGUUCCCUCAACCUAUUGAAAAACCUAUUGUCAUUUUAAAUAGUGAUGUAGCUGGAAAAUUCAACUACAAGGUAAAUGAAUUACCUCCAAUCCAAGAUAAUACAGAUUAGUAUUUACUGGAAAGCUUAAAUUUAAAGAUUGAUAGAUUAAUAAGAAUGGAAAAUGUGUUAAAUGGCUCUAUUAGUUAACUUAGUAGCACUGCUAAUGCUAAAGAAGUCCUUAUUAGCUAAAUUAGAGAAUAAAGAUAAAAAUUAGAAGAAAUAGUCAGAUUAUAAACUAUUAGAGUUGAUGAACUUAAAGCUUAGCUUCAACGUGCAAGAAGUGAUUUAGACCAAACUGCUCAAAUUGCUACUGAAACUGAAAAGGAAGUGCAUAAUUUAAAGUAUGUAUUAAAUGAAAAAUAAAAUGUAGUAAACUAAUGGAAAGCUAGAGGUUCAGAAGUAGAGAGAUUAAAUAGCGAUGUUAAUCUUUUGCAAUCUCAAUUAAAUUAACUCUAAGCAUAGAAUUAGGUUCUCCGUAAUAACAUCAAGUUAGAUCCUUCAUAUAAUUACUUAAUUAUCUGA